AUGACAUUGGAAGAAGAAUAUGAAAACCAGGAGUCAUGGCGGACAUCUCAUGAUAAACUAACCUUUAUUGUAUGCGAGCCAUUAAGCGGGGCGGCAAGCAAUGAGAAACAAAUCAAGGCUCAAGUCGACGAUUCACCCGUCAAAAUGAAGGGAGACAUCAACUUUUUCCUCUAUCUAGCUAAUGACGACGAGGUUGCCGAACCGCGGGAGAGCAGCACGAUACGUCUGACGGGCGAAGUAGACGUCAUGAUAGCAAAUACGCAGCACCGCGGGAAAGGCGUGGGAGAAGCCGCAGUGCGGUCAAUAUUGGCAUAUAUACGGAGAAAUCUGCCGGAAAUACUAAAGGAAUACGCACAAGGCGAGGGGCUGGACGUGGAAAAGGUACAGCUGGUUGGAUUGAUGGCCAAGAUUAAGCAGGAGAAUACGGGAAGCAGGGCGCUGUUUAAGAAGCUGGGGUUCAGGCAGGAGGGAGAGGCGAAUUACUUUGGGGAGGUGAAGAUGGUGAUGGGCUGGGAGGCGAGGGAGAGCGAGGACAUGGCGGAGGUACGUACCCACCACCCGCCAACCCACCAAUCUGAAGCCUCCAAAAUUUCAACACCAUCACUCAACACUCUCAACCUCAAAAUCAUCCAUCGCAACAUCCGCCAAUUCGCUCCAGACAACACUCAGCACCCUCCCCCUCUCGAGUCCGCCGGAAUCUUUCAAAAAAUGAAUUCCAUCAUCCGCCUCGCGCGGCCACUCCUCGCCCCGCGCAUUUCCGCCCUCUCGCAACGGUACAUGUUUCCCCCCACCAUCGACGUACACAUGCCUCUCUCCUCUCCGCCCUACCUUGACCUCAUCUUUCCGCCCCAACAACCCCUUCACAGCACCAUCACCGGCAGCGGCAGCGGCAGCGACCUCGCCAGAAUCCGCAGACCUCGUGCCCACGGCGGCAGUGUCCUCGCAUCCCGCCCUGCAAGGCCUGCAGCUGCGCUUCGGGCCGCGAAAUACCAUGAAUGGCCACACGAGGCUGGUGCAGAAGCGGAGACAUGGGUGGCUGAAGAGGACGAGGAGUAA